CAACAGUGUCCGGGGCGGUGACACACAAACAAGACGGCUACGAAGAUUUAACAGAGGAAAAAUAUUUCUUCGGGUAACAGAGAGUUAUCUAUCAGGCCAUCCUGGAAGUCAUCCACCGCCCUGUCCCCCUGUCAUUCGACUGGACUGUUGUGAAGUCUGCCUCUACCAUCAUGUCUACUGCUGCAGUAGCAGACAGAGGUUCCGUCCGUCCAGUCAGGGGCCCCGGCGGCGGCAUGGAGACGGACAAGCCCCCAGUCGCUAAGGAGAUCGCUGCCGUGGAUACGCCUCUGUCCGCGGUGCCACUACUUAAGGUAGCUAGUCCCAAACACAGCCCCAAGAUGACGCACCCUGCCACCGCCACCCCCGGGGUGCUCCACCUGGGGAAGGUUCCCCGGGAGGCCUGCGUGGUGGUGGAGGCAGUGAGGAUCGUUGUUCCCCGUGCUGCCAUCAGCCGGAGGGGGGGUCACGUGGGUCCGGCUGAGGAGAAAGGUGAGGCCUGGGCUGGGCAGCAGAUAGAGGAGCAGGCCCGCUCUCCCUCUCCUCCUCUGGAGGACCUGAGAGGAGCCAUGGAGAAGCUGCAGAACUCAGAGAGAAGACUGCUGCAGGACAAGGAGGGUCUCCUCAACCAGAUCCACGUGCAGACUGAGGUGAACAGAGAGUUGAAGAAGCUGCUGGUAGCCUCUCUAGGAGAUGACCUCCAGUACCACUUUGAGCGUCUGGCCAGAGAGAAGAACCAGCUGAUCUUGGAGAACGAGGCUCUGGGUCGCAGCCUGUCCUCCACAGCAGAACAGCUGGAACGCAUGUCUAUACAAUGUGAUGUCUGGAGGAGCAAGUUUCUGGCAUCCAGAGUGAUGGCGGAGGAGCUGACCAAUGCCAGGGUUUCUCUCCAGCAUCAGACCAGAGAGGCUCAGAGUGCCAUCACAGACCUGCUGAGUGAGAGAGAAGAGUUCUCCAGAGACAUGAUGCUAACCCACAGGUCUCUGGAGCAGCUGCUGGUCUCUCUCCAGUGGGGUCGACAGCAGACCUACUACCCCAGCGCCCAGCCCCUCAGCACGGGAGAACUGGCCCUAGCCAAUCACAAGCUGGCGGAUGCCAUCAACUCCCACCUGCUGGGUGAGGUAGGGGGAAGACAGGCCUCGGAGCUCCCGAACACCUCACACACGCCUGCUGAGAAGAUGGCUGAGAAGGUGUUGAAGAUCCUGGACCCUAUUUCCUGUUCAGACAACCAGGAAGAAACCUCCCCCCUCUCUAUCUCUGACUCCUCCCCCUCGGCCUUCCUGACCAAUAAGAAGAGCAUCGGCCGUUUCCAUCCCUACACCCGCUACGAGAACAUCACCUUCAACUGCUGCGAGCGCUGCAGUGGAGAAAUCUUGGUACUCUAG